AUGGCUAGUGAACCUUCGAGCGUCACUAUAGCCAAAACAGAACCUCUUACAUGCCCUUCGUGUAAUAUAACCAUUGAGCUGACUAGAGAAGAAGCAGUACUCGCCUCUGGAAAAUAUCAUCUUCAGAAAAAACAAACUGACACUGGACAGGAUGAUGAGGAGCUCAUGGCUUCGCUAGGAUUGGUAGAAGGUGGCUCUCGUGCUGGACAAGGGAGUCAGUUGAAGCAAGUCACUAUGCAGGAUCAGGCGACAAGUAAGCAGAGCAAAUCCAUGCUCAGCACCUCCAGACAUUCUCGCAUAUAUUUAUGCAAUAACUGUUCCCACUCUCAUCUUUUAUCUAUAUCCAGAACUCCGGAAAAUCAAGCUAAUUCUAAUGAUGAAAUCCGCGCCACUAAUACACAGGAUAACUUGGAGAAUCAAUCUAAUGCAAAUAGCGGGGAUGACACCAACGUGCAAGAAAGUGAAUAUCAAUCAAGAAGAAAUUCAUCAAGAAGACGAACAUCUCCAAGGAUCACUCGUGAACAAGAAAAAUUCCAGGCCCUGUUGCAAGAAUUAUCUACGCCUGCCAAGGGAGAGAAAGCUGAAAAUGUUGAUGAGGAGGAGGAUGCUGAUGGAUCUACACGAAUAUUAUGUGUGGAUGGGGCGGGCUUAUAUGUCGAAUUAUCUGAUUUAAAGCAUAGACAUCAGACCGGAAACAAGGGAUGUGUCGGUCAGCUGUUUAUAUUAAUAGGAAGGAAAUUUGACGAAUUAGGCACAGGUGCUGGCGCGUUGGAAACGUCAGUCUUGGGAAUAUUAGAAUUAAUAGUCUUGGAUGUAUUAGAGAUGUUAGUGUUAGGCAUAUUUAAGGGUGUAUUCGAAACAUCAGUCUUGGGAGUAUUAGUCUUAGAAU